AUGGACUACGCAUCCACUGCCUCUGUCAAGCAGAUCCAUGGCGCCUUGGCCGCCCAUCACCACCGCCACAUGUGGAUCAUCACGGGCCCAGCAGGAUGUGGCAAGAGCACCGUUGCUCAAUACGUUGCCAAGGAAUUGUCGAUACCAUACAUCGAAGGAGAUGAUUACCACUCCGAUUCCAACAAGCAAAAAAUGUCACAAGGAUCCCCCCUCACCGACAUUGACCGAUGGGAUUGGCUCAUUACCCUUCGAGAAGCUGCCGUGGCUCGCCUCUCGCCCUCCAAACGCUCAGCAAACAAACGUCAUGAUGGCGUCGUCGUCACUUGCUCUGCCCUGAAACGCAAAUACCGUGACGUGAUACGGAUCGCCGCCUACAAUGACCACGACGUAAUGGUGCACUUCAUAUAUUUAAGAGCCGACGCCGACGUGCUUCUGGCACGAGUGACAGGCAGGAAGGGCCACUACAUGAAAAGCGCGAUGGUUCGGUCACAGAUGGAGGCGCUGGAAGAGCCUGAUGCUACAGAGCAAGGAAGAGAUGUGCUGGAGGUCGAUUGUGGCGCCAGUCUUACACAGGUACAGCAAGAAGCUGUCAGAACUGUGAGGGAGGUUCUGGCCGAUGACCAAUGA